AUGGGUAGAAGAAAAAUUGAGAUUCAGCCUAUCACACACGAAAGGAACCGCUCAGUGACAUUUUUGAAGAGAAAAAAUGGAUUAUUCAAAAAGGCAUAUGAGUUGGGUGUUCUAUGCAGUGUUGACGUUGCGGUCAUAAUCUUUGACGAAAAACCAGGGCAACACGAAAAAUUAUAUGAAUAUGCCUCCUCCGAUGUGCGGGAUAUUGUCAAGAGACAUAUCAGGUUCUCGGGAGAAAAAGAUUGUCGCACUCCACACGACUUUUCAGGU